CUAAAUUAAACAUGCAACACGGAGAGAUCAUGUAACGUGUUUAUCAUUGCGUACUGCUUCCCAUACUUAAAAAUAGUAACCUAUAAAGUGUUAUCAGUAUGUCUGAAGCAGUGCGUUAUUAUUCCAGUCCAUAGCCAGACUUUUGGUCGGGUAGUGUAAAUGUAUUCUGCGCGUCAUGCAGGUGCCACUAUGCUUCUUAAAUGUCAAAGAGAUUUGAGAAGUUAGUGUGCUCUUAACUGCACCUGCCAUGGAUAUAUUUGCAAAUAAAUAGCGUGGAUACGCGUUUUAACCAAGUAUAUUAAAUGUUAAGUCAUUGGGAUGAACCCUCAACCUAUAAUCUCCGUAGCGAACGUAGCGCGGCGCAUUGACCUCUCCUCCACUCCACGAGCCUCUUGAACGGAUCGGACGUCCUUCACACUUUAUCCAAGGUCCCCACUUCUCUCUGCCCUAUUUUACGCGUUAUUUUGGCGGACACUGCGUAGUUUUUCACUCUUGGGUCGUUUAUAUUUUUGAACGCACUUUCUAUCGCGUGGAUAUGUGGUGGAUGCUCUUUCCCAGAUGGAUAUGGUUUUUAUUGGGACAGUUGUGCGUCUUGCGUUUGGACUUACGCGCGCGAGCGAUGCCAAUGAUGCCAAUGUCCAAAGUGGUUUAUUCUCACGCGGGAAUGUGUCCGAACGAGAUGAACCCGAACCUGUGGGUGGAUGCCAUGAGCACCUGCAUGCGAGAGUGCGAGUCCGAUCAGGACUGUGAGCCAUUUGAGAAAUGCUGUUCAAAUGUUUGCGGACUUAAAAGCUGUGUGGCUGCUCGCUAUGUGGACAUUCAAGGUCGGAAAGGUCCGGUGGGGAUGCCCAAAGGAGUGACCUGUGACAAAUUCAUGUGCACUCAACAGGGUUCUGAGUGUGACAUCUGGGACGGCCAGCCGGUGUGCAAAUGCCGGGACCGUUGUGGACGGGAACCCAUGUUCACUUGCGCCUCAGAUGGUAUGACCUACUACAACAAAUGCUACAUGGACGCCGAGGCGUGCACCAGGGGCGUCACCCUCUCUGAGGUCACAUGUAGGUAUCACUUCAGCUUGUCCAACACCAGCCCUCUCCCAGAGGAGACCACGGUCCGACCCACUACUGCCCAUCUUGAGACCACGCCCAUGGACGUUCAACGUCCCAUCAUGGUCAGCAAUCCAGUACACCACUUUGUCUUUGUGGGUGAAACGGCUAGCUUUCUGUGUGAGGUGACGGGCAAGCCCAAGCCAGCGAUUACCUGGGAGAAACAGAUUGAAGGCAAGGAGAACACUGUAAUGCGACCAAACCACGUGCAAGGAAACAUAGUGGUUACCAACAUUGGCCAGCUGGUCAUAUACAACGCCCAGAUCCAGGAUGCCGGCAUCUACACCUGCACUGCCCACAACCAGGGCGGGUCUGUUCAGGCUCAUUUCCCGCUCUCUGUGGUUCCAAGGGAGCAGUCCAAAAACCAGCCAUUGAUGAAUUCCACACGUCUACCAGCCGAAGAGUGCCUGAAAACACCUGAUAUCGGUGACUGCGGGGAGGAGAGUAUUAGCUGGUACUAUGAAGCCAAACGCAACAACUGCUUUACCUUCACAUACAGCCAGUGCAACAAAAACAAAAACCAUUUCAAUACAUACGAGUCAUGCAUGCUAUCGUGUGGAGCUGAACUAGCGACACUUUGCUCCUUGCCCAGCGUGCAAGGACCCUGCAAGGCUUACAAACCACGUUGGGUUUAUAGCCAUGCACUCAAGAAAUGCCAGUCAUUCGUUUAUGGAGGCUGCGGUGGAAAUGAGAACAACUUUGAGAGCAAAGAAGCUUGUGAGGAAAUGUGCCUCUUCCCCAAGACCCACAACUGUAAGGUGUGCAAACCCCGGCAGAAGAUGGUCCCCAGCUUCUGCAAGAGUGACUUUGUGGUCUUGGGUCGAAUCUCAGAGUUGACAGAGGAACAUGAUUCUGGCCAUGCACUCAUUACGGUAGAGGAGAUCUUGAAGGAUGAGAAAAUGGGGCUACGGUUCUUCGGGCAGGAACCUCUGGAAGUGACGCUGCUCAACAUGGAUUGGAACUGUCCUUGUCCGAACAUAACAAGAGCAGAGGGGCAAAUGAUCAUCAUGGGGGACGUUCACAACGGCAUGGCGGUGCUGCAGCCUGACAGCUUCGUGGCCACAUCCAGUGUGCGGCGAGUUCGCAAAUUCCGCGAGGUUAUCAACAAAAAGACUUGUGACGUUCUGAAGGAGUUCAGUAGCACAAAGUACUAG